AUGGACUCCAAGUAUGGCGAUCUGCGGCGAAAGCGGAACACCGUUCAACACGUCGAGCAACUACGACAACAACAAGCCAUUCUUGACCGGCUCCUGGAGUUGAUCCGGAAUUCUGAGGCUGACGAGGCUAUUCAGGCCGUUAGAGAGGGCGCCACCUUCGAGGAGAUUGUUAAUGUACUUCUGAGACCGCCAUCGGGAGCUGCUCCAUCCCAGACGGCGGGGAGUUCUUCCAGCGACACCUCCAGGGAAGAAUCGUCCCUCCAGGCAACGCCAGACAAGCCCGACAGCUCUGGAUCGGAUCGUCCAGCGUCCACAAGAUUUGCGAAGGAGUCCGAUGAGACCACGGAGUAUGCUGUCAGAGUUCGCAGAGGGAAUCCCGAUCAGGGCACUUCUCAUCCGGCGCCCGGACCGAAGGAGAGAGCCAUGGUGCCUUCUCUUGCUGGGCCAAAAUCCCCCUCGGGUAUCGGGCAGGAACAGCAGACGUGCAGAAACCGAGUUUGGACUGGCUUAGCGAAACGUCUUACCGCGGUGGAGCUAAGCAAGAUCAACAUGCCCAUCUUCAGUUGUGACCCAUACCACACCGAGUCGGAUGACAUGUUGUCAAAGACAAUAUUGAGUUUCCGAGAUGGAGCCCGGAAAGCAUUGCAGGGAAAUGCAAACGUCCACGACCUUAUCGGAUCCAAAAAACCAGACCUGGAUCUCUUUUUCCGGCAGCGACGGGAAGGAGACACCCACUCUGCCUGGACCUGGGCCUGCGAGCUGGCGAAGGCGUAUCCUUUGCCGUUGACAGUGCAGCUGACGGGAGUAUUUGUUGCUGGAAUUCAAAUGCGGUAUUUCAUUCAUCCAUGCAAGGAAACUUACGACGACUUGCCUGUUAUGCUUAGACCCACGAGGCAGCAAUACACCCAACCACAUGCUGCAGGUGCGGAUAUUUGUGCCAUACCUCCGAUCAAGCAGUAUCUUCUCUCUCACUGGGACUCGUACGCAUCGCUCCUAGAAGCCGGUCAGUACCAUAACUGGCCGUACAGUAACCAAGCAUGUCUUGGGUGGGAUCGGACCAGAAAUAAACCAACUCUGUCCACGGCCUUUCUUGAACACAUCUUAGAUCCCAAAAACCACAGCGUCGGGGCUAAGAUCCUGGAACUGGUGCCAGAGGCGGCCCCGUAUGUUGUUCGAGAAGAAGAGUCCCCACGCCCUGAAGAUGCACACUAA